UCUCUCUCUAGGAUCUCUCUCUCUUUAGCUUCUUCAUUCUCGACUCGGAUUUCUACUUCUGCAAACCAAGCUCACAGUCAAUCUCGUGCUUUCAUACCACUCAUCACACCUCGACACGAUUCCCCGUGGAACCUAGCAUCGACAAGCGCUCAACUAGAUAAUUAUACUCAUCCGCCAUGUUGACCGAUUUCCAUGGAGCUAGCUCUGGCGAGAACAUUACUCGCCAACAGGAUGAGCAGGAGCCUCAGCAGCCUUAUAUCCGUGGUAUCCAGGACCAUGCCUUGAUCGGUAACCUCAAGACCGCCGCGCUCAUCUCGCUCGACGGAAGCGUCGAGCAGUGGUGUGUGCCUUACUUUGACUCCCCCUCGAUCUUUGCAAGGAUCGUGGACGCCAAUAAGGGAGGUCACUGGUCUAUCUCUCCUCGAUGGAAGUUUAGGACCAAGCAGCAGUACAUGCCCCAGUCCAACGUGUUGGCCACAAAGUUCCUCAACGAUGACGGUAUUGGGAUGGUCACUGAUUACCUCAUUCCUAGAGAAGCUUGCGAGACCGCGGGUCACUCGGCUCAUCUGACCUGGAUGAUCCGUAAAGUCCACGUUAUCCGUGGCAAAGUUCCCUUCCGCAUGGAAUGUGCCCCGGCUUUCAACUAUUGUCGUGAUAAGCACGAGACUGUGUUCGAAGAGGACUCGACGGUCGCCUCGGAAGCCCGAAACCACACCGAAAAGGUCUCGUUCAAGUCCAAGGACUUGACUAUGGAUCUCCGUUAUUUCGUGGAAUCCGACGACAAAGAGGUGCCUCUUCCCAAAAUCAAGCUCGAAAAGGCCAACCUCGACCGAGGACUCUUAGGGGAAUCGAUCGUCAGCGAGUUUGAUUUGGAAGAGGGACAGACGAUCACCUUUUUGAUGCGGGAAGAGAGCAAGCGCGAGUACGCGAACAAGGAGCAUCAGAAGGUUGCCAACCCGAGCGAGGAGAGGGCGGCCGAGUUGGGCAUCAGUUUGAAGGCACUCGUCAAGGGGGCUUCCUUGUUGCGCCCCGAGGAUGAUCCGAUCAUCACCAAGGAACUCUUGGACAACCUCGAACGCCAAACCUUGAGGUUCUGGCAAAAGUGGAUUGGCAAGAGCAAGUACAAGGGUCGAUGGAGAGAAGACGUCCACCGUUCGGCCUUGACCCUGAAGAUGCUCACCUUCGAGGAGACCGGAGCUGUCGUAGCGGCGCCCACUUUCAGUCUGCCCGAAGCUGUCGGAGGACCUAGGAACUGGGACUACCGGUACACCUGGAUCAGAGACACCUCUUUCGUGCUCUACGCGUUGAUCCGUCUCGGAUUUACUGAAGAAGCCAACGCAUUCAUGGACUUUAUCUUGUGCCGACUGAAAGAACGAAACUCCGAUGGAUCGCUACAAAUCGUGUACACGAUCCAUGGUGGCAAGGACCUCGACGAGGAAGAACUGACCCAUCUCGCCGGUCACAAGGGAUCCACACCCGUCCGAAUCGGAAACGGUGCUGUAGAUCACUUGCAAUUGGACAUCUACGGAGAAUUGAUGGACGCCAUCUACCUGGCACAGAAAAACCGACCGCUCAGCUGGGAAGGCUGGGUUGCUGUCCGACAGGUCAUCGACCAUGUCUGUACUCAGGUCGGAGAGAAAGACCUCAGCAUCUGGGAAGUACGAGGCGAGAAGAAGAAUUUCCUGUACAGCAAGGUUAUGAUGUGGGUCGCGAUCGACCGCGGCCUUCGAUUGGCGGAGAAACGAAACCUUCCCUGUCCCAACCGUGUGAGGUGGUUUGAAGCCCGAGACAACCUCUAUGAAGAGGUUCAGACCAAAGGAUGGAAUGCCGAGAAGAAGUAUUACGGACAGAGCUACGAAGACCUCGACAUCAUGGAUUCGGCCGUCCUGAUCAUGCCUCUCGUCUUCUUUACGAGCGCCGCUGACGAGCGAUUCAAGUCUACUCUCGAUGCCAUCCUGAGGACACCGGAGAAGGGAGGUCUUACCGCCAACAACACCGUCUUCCGUUAUGACACGGAAAAGGCCGACGACGGUAUUGGCGGAGAGGAGGGGGCGUUCUCCAUGUGCACGCUCUGGGCUAUCGAGGCCUUGAGUCGAGUGGGAUCUUUCGGAAACAAGGCCUACCUGCAAAAGGCCGUGGAGAUGUUCGAGGAUUUCCUAGGUUACGGCAACCACGUCGGCCUUUUCAGCGAGGAGAUCAGCCGAGGAGGGGAAGGUUUGGGUAACACACCUCAGGCGUUCAGCCACGUCCAGCUCAUUUCAUGCGCUUACAACCUCGAUCGAUGCCUCGAGGGCAAGUGGUCGGGUUCUUAAACUCCCGCAUAAUUGCGUUUUGUAUCCCAAAGACCUUCCAACAAAAAUCUGUAUCAUGCAUGCUACCAGAGCAUUGCGUAAUUCGUAUUCAUUGGCACUAAAGAUACACUGUACUCGAGGAUAUCGCCGCAGCUCCCUCACGACUCGUAUUAUUAUUAUUGAUACAAUCUUCGGG